AUACGGUCGUUUAAGAGAGCCAUAAGCUGCUGGUGUUUAAAUAGCAAGUUUAAGCUUUCCGUUAUUUUUCUCUAGUUCUUUUUACUAAUGACAGCAAAUUGCCCAUACAACCAAAUCGUUUUGUUUGGAGACUCUAUCACUCAGAUGAGCUUUGAUCCUGAACUUGCAGGCUUUGGUUCGGGAUUAGCUAAUGCGUACAUUCGAAAAAUGGAUAUCAUCAAUCGUGGAUUUUCUAGGUACAACACGGACUGGUCCCUUCCUAUCUUGAAGCAAAUUUUACCUACGGUAGAGGACCAAGCAAGAUCAAAAGCUAGUAUUCCUUUAAUGACCAUAUUCUUUGGUGCCAAUGAUGCUGCUCUGUAUCCUUCGCCUCAACACGUUCCUGUUGAUAAAUACAAGUCAAACAUUAAGGAAAUGGUCAACCUGAUCAAGGACCCUCAGUCAGAGUUUUAUAAUCCAAAGAUGCGUCUUAUCCUUAUUACUCCUCCUCCAGUGUAUGAGCCUUUGUGGAAGAAGAGAUGUGAAGAGCGGGGCGAUCCUUUGAAUCGUACGAAUGAGUCCGCAAAAACUUAUGCAGAAGCAUUAAAGGAAACAGCCAAAGAAUUGAACGUUGUCGUCAUCGAUCUUUGGACAGCCAUUAUGAGCGCAAGUGAGCAAAAUAAACAAGAUCUUUCUUAUUUCUUAUCUGAUGGCUUACAUCUAACUGAUAAAGGCUAUAAAAUCCUAUUUGAUGCUGUCAUGGAAACUAUCUCUGUUCAUUUCCCUGAUAUACAUCCUGAUGCUUUAAAGUUUGAGAUAGCUGUGGAUGCUGCCAACUUCUAAGUUGUCCUUGUAUUUAAAAUAAAUCGGAAAAUAAAGACAUCGAAUGUAAGCGAAAACUAAAAAAAGGAUGUACAGUUUGAAUGUAAACGGAAAACAGUAUAAAUCUAUCCAAGUCUUUUUUUUA